CGCAAACUGGUUCGUACCCUGGCACAAAAGAGCGGUCAGAGCGGUCGGAGCGUUCGGAUCAGUGAGAGCGUUUAAGUAUUUGCAGUACCAGGAGCAAGAGAGACAGUGAUAAUAGCUAUUCACAUGAGUGGUUACACCCAACUCCUUUGUAUGUGAGUCAGAGUUCAGAGAUUAAGUCUAAUAAUACAGUGAUGUUAACACCACACAAGAAAGUUGUCUGGUUUGCUGUAAUCUCACGGUUCUUUAUCCUUUUCUUGUCAGCUGUUUUCAAUUUCAUAAUCCCUGAUCAUGAUGCUGAUGCAUUCCGAAGUCCUCGAGAUCCCAAUGAUGUAGAACGAUCAUCACUUGAUGUCUUUGUGAAAUAUUUGUUUGGGGGUCUAGUGAAUUGGGAUGCUCAGUAUUUCAUUCACAUAGCACUGUAUGGUUAUACAUAUGAGAAUUGUCUUGCUUUCUUCCCCCUGUACCCAUUGAGUAUAAGAUUAUUGGCUGGAUGUUUGUAUUAUAUACUUGGAGGAUUCAUAAGUCAUUAUUUUGUUUUUAUAUUGAGCUCGGUGGUUGUUAAUUUUAUAACUUUUGUACUGUCUGCUUCAGUUUUAUACAGACUGAGCUUACAAGUUCUUAAGCAUGAGCAGUUAGCUUACAAAGCAGCUGUACUAUUCUGUGUAAAUCCUGCAAGCAUUUUUUUUGUAGCUCCAUAUUCAGAAACUCUCUUUUCUUGUCUAACAUUCUAUGGUAUGCUGAUGUGUGGUAGUGGAAGUGCAAAAAAUUUCUCUGUGGGAUGUGGUCUUCCCUUUGGACUGGGAGCAGUACAAAGGUCAAAUGGUAUCCUAAACCUUGGAUUCAUUGUUCAUGAGAAAAUGAAACAUUUUUUUAAGUUUGUAAUGCCCGACAUUGUGACAAAAGCCAGACGCCUGGACUCAGUCUUAUUAGUACCAUUGUUGUUGACUACUCCAGUUAUUUUUCUUAUUUCUUUUGUUGGUGAAAUUAUUGUUUCAAUCACUCCAUUUUUGAUGUUCCAAGGGUAUGGGUACUACAAGUUCUGCAUUGUUCGUGAGCAUAAUCUACCGGAUUUCAUUGUUUCUUAUGCAGAAACCAAUGGCUUGAGACUUCCUGGAACUACUUCAUGGAAGCACCUAGUAGAUCACAAAGAUAAUUGGUGUAACAGCAGUGUUCCACUUGCAUACUCUUAUGUUCAGGAUCAUUAUUGGAAUGUGGGAUUUCUCAGAUAUUACCACUGGAAACAGAUUCCAAAUUUUCUCUUGGCCAUGCCAAUAAUUUUGAUAAUACUGACUCAUGCAUACAGAUUCAUAAAACAGCAUCCCCACCUGUGUUAUACAUUUGGGCUGUGGGAAGAUGAAUUUUAUACCGAUCCGAAAGUAAAAGAAAAAUUCAAAGUUAAAAUGAAGCAAAAUAAAAUAAAAUUUGCACCACAGAUGUUUGUGUAUGUGGUUCACGUGGUAUUUCUUACUGUAUUCUGUAUUUUAUGUGUUCAUGUUCAGGUAACAACCCGAAUAAUUACAUCUGCAAGCCCAGUCUUGUAUUGGUUUACAGCAUAUCAUUUCAUUAAAAUGCCAGUAUUUAUAGAGGAGGAGGAGGAAGAAAAUGUUGCUGGCAGAAAUACUGUACACUUUGCUAGUCGUCUUUGCAGAAUAUCAUCUCACAAACAAGGAAAUGCAUUUGAAGAGGGAGUUGAUUCUUUAGAAAAUCUUCAGAGUAGAUGGAAAGUGUUCAUUUUAACUGAUCCAGCUCCAAGUCGAGAAGCCAAAUUAAUUCAGUAUUAUUAUCUUUCAUAUAUUAUCUUUGGGGCUGCCUUGUUCAGCAACUUUUUUCCUUGGACAUGAUUGCAAAGAUUUUUUAUUUUUAAUGUAUUACACUGACUUUUAAAACAAUUUGUAUAUGUCCAUAGUUGAUUAUCAGAGUGUAGCUUUUGAUAUCAUGAGAACAAAUAAGCAGAAAUACUAACUGUGUUUUCCUCAUCUUGGGUCAAUAUUUAGUAUUAAGGUAUUUACACUUUUCUUUCGAGGAAUGUCAUAUUCUUUAUUAGUUUAGAUUCGUGCGUGUUCAUACAGAUAGUGUGUUCCCCACUCCCCUUUCCACAUCCUUCCUGGAAGUUUACUCUUAUCAUUAUCACCAGUGAAUUGGGAAGGGGGAGAGAAGUUACACUGAACUCAGUUCUUGUUUUGAGAAUAAUCCGACAUUCAUGACAUUUUCAUAGGUGAGUGUAUAUUUGUUGUGGUUCAGUAUACUUUGCAGUGUCUCAUUCAGUCUUAAGAAGCCAGGAUUAACUGGUAUAUAAUACAACAGAAAUGGUGUACUUUAGAAAUUGCCUGCUUAUAUGUGAAGGCGAUUAUUUGUAGAGUGAAUUAUGGAUCUUAAUAUUACAAUUAAGAAACUGUGUUUUGUUUGAAAAAUCAUAAAUAAUUUAUGCAAUUUAUUACUGGUCAUUAAUGAUAUGUUUUUAUAGUUCAUAAUGAAACAUUCUUUAUUUUAUGUGAUUGAAUUAAUUCAUCAGUUUUAUUUUUCCACAUGUUUGUAGCCAAGAAAUAUAAUUUUAUAUAAUUACAAAAUACACUGUACAGUUCAUAUUUAUUUAUACAGAUUUAAUUUAUAAUCAUUGUAUAUUCUGUUACAUUCAUUACAUUAAUCAUGCAUUGCAAGAAUAUAUGUGGUGUUCAUACAUUUUAGGCAUUGUCCUCAAUGUAUAACUGUUGUUAUUGUGUGAUGAUUUAGUAAAAAUGAUUGUAUGUGAGAUUUGAGGUUCAUGCUGUAGUGUCUGAAUCACCACUGAUUCUCUAACAUCCCAUCCUUUGCUUUGCAUUUGCCCUCUCAGAGCCAUCUCUCCUCUUCAUCUUCGCAUUACUUCAUACUAACAGGUUAAAACCAAAUUACAGAUAUGUAACAAUAUUUUUGUAAGUAGUUACUAUAGGAUUCUGAUGAUGGUGUAUAACACACAGAGAUAUUAGGUUU